AUGGCGAUUGUUUCCGUCUCUAACUCAUUUCUCACCUUCAAUUCUCCCAAUCAACUCCGAAUUAGCCGAACAAGAUUUUCUGCCAUGGCUUCUUCAACUGCUGGAGUGAGAGUCGCUGAAGGAGAAGGCAAUUUGCCAAAACUCGUCCUCACUUCUCCUCAGAACAAUGAAGCUGAGAUAUAUCUGUUUGGAGGCUGCGUUACAUCUUGGAAAGUUGCGAGUGGAAAAGAUCUUCUUUUUGUUAGACCAGAUGCUGUCUUCAAUAAGAUAAAACCCAUAAGCGGAGGGAUUCCACAUUGUUUCCCACAGUUUGGACCUGGACAAAUUCAGCAGCAUGGGUUUGGAAGGAACAUGGACUGGUCAGUUUUCGAUUCCGACAAUGCUGCUGUUACUCUUGAACUUAAGGAUGGUCCGUAUAGUCGAGCCAUGUGGGACUUUGGUUUCCAGGCUCUAUACAAGAUCAUUGUUGGCGCGGACUGCCUUUCCACUGAGCUAAAAGUAACAAACACAGACAAUAAACCAUUCUCAUUCAACACCGCAUUGCAUACUUACUUCCGUGCUUCUGUCACCGAGGCAUCCGUGACAGGUCUAAAGGGUUGUAAAACUCUCAAUAAGGAUCCUGAUCCUAAGAAUCCAAUAGAGGGUAAAGAAGACAGGGAUGCAGUCACUUUUCCUGGAUUUGUGGAUUGCGUCUAUCUUGAUGCUCCUACUGAAUUGCAGUUCGAUAAUGGCUUGGGUGAUAAAAUAAUCAUCAAAAACACUAAUUGGUCGGAUGCGGUCUUGUGGAACCCUCAUAUUCAAAUGGAGGCUUGUUACAGAGACUUUGUGUGCGUUGAAAAUGCAAAGCUUGGGGAUGUCAAGCUAGAGCCAGGACAGUCUUGGACCGCAACACAGCAUCUCAGCAUCAGUUGA